AUGUCGACACUCCCCGUCACCUCCCUUCUCCACUCUCUGCAGUACCAGCGAAAGCCAUUGAACCACAGAGCCACGUCACUGGCUCUUCUUGGGCUUAUCGUUGUAUCAUUCUAUAUCUUUUUCAUCGCAAGGCCUUCAUUAGACCUUGCCCCAAUAGCGCUUCAUUCCGACGCUCUCGGACACCCAGGUACACAUGGUUCGCAUCCUCAAGACAAAGACGAUCAUCCCCCAUCGUCUAGGCUCUUCCGUCUACCUUCAAGUUCACAAAGAAAGACCGUCAGCAAUGCCAACCGUCCUCAGGUCAAACUGGACGAGAUGCAGGAACUUGCAGCAGUAGCUGCUUUCGUAGCAGCACUACCACAAAACAUGAUUCCUCGGUCAAUAGACCCAAGCCAACCUAUUGACCCCCAGCUCGUCCUUGACUUCGACACUCGUAGUCCGCGCGCCGCAUAUGAAGUAAACCAAAUCGUGCAAGAUGUGUGGUCUCGCUAUCCUGUUAUGUUGUUCACCAAGCUCCACCAUGCAAAUUCUAGGGAAAUAAAACAAAUAAUUUCAAAUAUGGACUUACGGCCGCCUCCGGCCAUUUUUGAAGUUGAUCAACGAGAGGACGCAGAUGUUCUGAUUCCUUUGUUACACCGCCUCACAUCUUCAACCGAGCUUCCUCUAAUGCUUAUUGGUGGCAAACCCGUCGGCUCGAUGGAUACCAUCCGCGAGCUCAACGAGGCUGGCGAACUCCAGAAGCUGAUUACCAAUGCUGGUGGGGUCAUUGGCGGUGCGAAGAAGAAGAAGGGUCACUAA